AUGCGAAUUCAACAAAUUUCAGAUAGUUUAAAUGAUAACUUAUCUGUUUUACCGCAAAAUUUGUUUGUUGGUAGCUCAACAUUUGAUCUUCAUCUUGGUACAAAAUGCGUCGGUGGCAAAAUCUAUGAAAUUCGUGAUCUUGCGGAUAUGGGGCAGUGCACGAGUGUCUGCCUUGAAUUUUUAAGUCAAGGAAAGACCUGUUUUGCUAUAAAUUUUUUCCGGCUUAUCUCGCCUCAGGGAGUGGAGUUCAUGUGCGAACUCCUGGGAACUUUAGUUGGAGUGGAACCAGCUGACGGGGCAGCAUGUUAUAUAUUACGAUAUGAUUAUUAUUGA